CCUGGAUCUCUUUCCUCUCGUGCAUGUCAUUUCGAACUCCCUGGAAGAGGAGUUCAACAAUCGUAGGUGGGGCGACCAUGACCACGUUGGCUCUAGCCAUGUUGGCAACGGUGUCAAGAUCAAGCUCUGUCGGUGUGCAUGGGAGCAUGUGCGAGCAGUUCCUCUUAGAUUUCUUUCAUUGUGGUAGAUGCGAGCCUCGUUAUGCGUAUUGGGUCGACAUGCUCUCGGCCUUGCUGUCGCCCAGGAGAUGGCGGUUUCGCGCGGGGGGCGGUGCUUGUCGGAGUCGUACAAAAAUGCGAAGAUGCAAAUGAAGUGGCAAUGUGCACAGGGCCACCGAUGGAGUGCUUCUUUGUUCUCUCUGCGCAGUCGUGGUUCGUGGUGUCCCCACUGCGCAGGGAACGCGCCGCUCGGACUCGACACUGCGAUUGCUACAGCCAAGUCGAGAGGUGGCAAAUGUUUAUCAACGAGGUAUAUCAACUCAAAGGAGCCAAUGGUAUGGGAGUGUGCCAUUGGUCACAAGUGGACAGCAAAGUUGGGGAAUGUCAGGAACAAAGCCACAUGGUGUCCGUCCUGCGCCAAACCGACCUUGAGCCUACACGACGCGCGACAGUUGGCUGCAAGUCGUGGAGGGCGUUGUUUAUCAAGCCAGUAUGUUAGUUCCCGGGGAUAUUUGCAGUGGCAAUGUGCUCUAGGGCAUACGUGGCGCGCCCAAUUUGCAAAUGUCAAGUACGCAGGAAGUUGGUGCCCCACCUGCGCCCAGGAGAAGAAGGUAUCUCGCACUCAGAUGCUAGAGGUUGCCCGCAAUGUAGCCCGCGCACGUGCAGGAUACUGCUUAGGCUCGGGCUACAUAAAUAACAAGGCUCAAAUGCGCUGGCGAUGCCGCGAGGGACACGAGUGGCAGGCGUCUCUCAAUAACAUCAAGGACGCUGGAAGUUGGUGCCCUGAAUGUGCAACGGGCAAGAGCCAGAAUGGCGUCAAGCAAGUAUUCGAAGACAUAUUUCAUGGACAUCGAUUUUACACCCGACGUCCACGGUUUCUGAGAGGCAUGCGAGGACGGCCGUUGGAACUUGAUGGAUACUGUCAAGCUCUGCACCUAGCAUUCGAGUUCAAUGGUCGUCAACAUUACGAUCCGAAUAUGUACUGGAAUAGGGGCCGGUCCGCACAUCACUUUGAAGAUCAAUGCCACAGAGAUCGAUUGAAGGUUCUUCUCUGCCAGGCCUUCGGAGUGCGAUUGGUGGUGGUCCCCUGGGAUGUACAAAAUACGCGGAACUUCAUAUGGCUCUGUUUAACCCGCUGGUUCAGGAUAGCCGAGUUGGUCUCACCUAUGCUCGGGCCGGGCCAUGAAUCAGAGGGGGGGCCAGGACAAUUACGCACCGAAGGCGAAAGCCCAUGCACGCCCGCUGGAACAGCUCAUUUAAGCUUCUUCAGGGAACACGGCCAGAGGCAGCAUUGAUGCAAAGGCUGCAACAGCGUCAAACAAGAGGGGCUGAUGUUUCACAGGCAGGAGACAAGGAAUGCGGUGUCACUAUGAUGUUGUACCGCGUCCGCUCCGACACGAACAAUGAUGCUACGACACUGUAAACCAAUAGCCUAGCCAUCUUCCCGCGGGCGUUCGCGCACUUAGCUUGGGACCCCUGGUUUCACUGGAAUGCGCAUCGAAAUGUUCCUUCGGUUGGUGCCUAUACCAUUCAAACAAUCCUCUUGGGAGCCCUUCCUUCCGUCUCUCCCCUCCUCUUUGCUCUCCCGC